GACAUAGUAAAUGAAAACCCAACAUGGCGCAGUUCGUGGGAACAGUUAUUGGAACCAAGAUGAACAAGACGGCAAAGAUCUUGGUAACCAGACUGGCCUUGUAUAACAAACUGAAAACUUUCUUCAAUGAAAGAAAAGUGUACUUUGCCCAUGAUGAAAAUAAUGAGUGUGCAAUAGGGGACCUUGUGGUCAUCAAGGAAUGUCAAAGAUUGAGCAAGAAGAAAUAUUUUACUGUGACAGAGAUAGUUGAUAAAGUCCCAAGAGUGGUUGAUCCUGAGACUGGAAAGAUUGUUUUGCAAGAUAAUAGAGAAUGAAACUGUUUUAGGUAUAAAUAUUUUUUUACAUAAAUGGAAGAUCACAGUAUGGAGUAUGGCAAUAACUUCUGAAUGUGAAGAUGGGCAAUUGAAGUCACAUUUUGUUCUGAAAACUUUGACUCAUCUUUGUUCAAUUGGCUAGCAGUAAUAUUGCAAGGUGUCAAAGAGGUUUACAAGUUCAUUUUGAAGUCCAUAAUUUUCUGUUAUUUCUCCCUGAAAAAGUGAGUUGUUUCUGCAUUUGCAGCAAGAGGGGAAGUCUUUAAGUUAUCUACAUGUAACCUUUUCGUGCUGGCCCCUAAGAUUUUCUUGAUCCACAAUAUUGGCCCAGCUAGCAUCACUUUUUAAUUAUUCCCAACUUUUCACUUCAUUGGAAGAAACAAAAAUUUGAAAAGUCAUCAAAUAAAUCAUUUAGAACAGUAACACAAUUCAUUAAGGGAAUUCUAUCAAUGAAUUAACUAGCUGAGUGAAGAAAUCAACUUUAAUGCUAAUAACGCCUUUUACUACUUUAUUUCCUCACACUUUACCCACAGAAUUGUAAAAAUGUAUUA